AUUGGCUCUUAUGCUCAAUUCCGCCGAGAGUCGCAUCCUACCUGGUCGGGAGGUGUAUUUCUUUCCCACACUCUCCCUUGUUGUACUCACCCAGCUGCUGCUGAGGUGGGCGGAAAAGUCCCGCUUCUGAGAAUUUAGCGGAAGAAAGGAUCCCGAUGGGUUCUUGGAAAGCUUUUCUCUUCUCCCCUUUUCUUCUGUGGAGUCAAAGUAGAGGGGUGAGGCUCAUGUUCCUGCUACUGGCCCUGCAGUUGGGAAACUGCGUUGAUAAAGCAGACGAUGAAGAUGAUGAGGAUGUAACAGUGAACAAAACUUGGGUGUUGGCACCAAAGAUUCAUGAAGGAGAUAUAACGCAAAUUCUCAACUCAUUGCUUCAGGGCUAUGACAAUAAGCUUCGCCCGGAUAUAGGAGUGAGGCCAACAGUAAUUGAAACUGAUGUUUAUGUAAACAGCAUUGGACCAGUUGAUCCCAUAAAUAUGGAAUACACAAUUGAUAUAAUUUUUGCUCAAACCUGGUUUGAUAGUCGUUUAAAAUUCAAUAGUACCAUGAAAGUGCUUAUGCUUAACAGUAAUAUGGUUGGAAAAAUUUGGAUUCCUGACACUUUCUUCAGAAACUCAAGAAAAUCUGAUGCUCAUUGGAUAACAACUCCCAAUCGUCUACUUCGAAUUUGGAAUGAUGGACGAGUUCUAUAUACUCUAAGAUUAACAAUUAAUGCAGAAUGUUAUCUUCAGCUUCAUAAUUUUCCAAUGGAUGAACAUUCCUGUCCACUAGAAUUUUCAAGCUAUGGAUACCCUAAAAAUGAAAUUGAGUAUAAGUGGAAACAGCCUUCUGUAGAAGUGGCUGAUCCUAAAUAUUGGAGAUUAUAUCAGUUUGCAUUUGUAGGGCUACGGAAUUCAACUGAAAUUUCUCACACAAUCUCUGGGGAUUAUGUUAUCAUGACAAUCUUUUUUGACCUGAGCAGACGAAUGGGAUAUUUCACUAUUCAGACCUACAUUCCUUGUAUUCUGACAGUUGUUCUUUCUUGGGUGUCUUUCUGGAUCAAUAAAGAUGCAGUACCUGCAAGAACCUCACUAGGUAUUACUACAGUUCUGACCAUGACAACUCUGAGUACAAUCGCCCGGAAGUCAUUGCCUAAGGUUUCUUAUGUAACGGCGAUGGAUCUUUUUGUUUCUGUUUGUUUCAUUUUCGUGUUUGCAGCCUUGAUGGAAUACGGUACCUUGCAUUAUUUUACCAGCAACAAAAAAACAAAGACUGCUAGAGACAGCAAGCUGAAAGACAAGGCAACGAUAUCGCUUGGACUCCAUCCGGGAUCCACUCUGAUUCCAAUGAAUAGCAUUUCUCUGCCACAAGGAGAAGAUGAUUAUGGGUAUCAAUGUUUGGAGGGCAAAGAUUGUGCCAGCUUCUUCUGCUGCUUUGAAGACUGCAAAACGGGAUCAUGGAGGGAAGGAAGGAUACACAUACGCAUUGCCAAAAUUGAUUCCUAUUCUCGAAUAUUUUUCCCAACAGCUUUUGCCCUGUUCAAUCUGGUUUAUUGGGUUGGCUAUCUUUACUUAUAAGUUCUAUUCACUAGGAAAAAAAACCAUAAGAAGUUUAACUAAAUUCAGUAUAAUCUAUUGCACUUCGGUAACAGGAAGUUUAAAUUUAAAAUGCAGAAAAUCCAAUGGUUAACAUGUGAAUAGUAUGGUAACCAUUUUAAGGCUUUCAUAGGUAAGUAAAGUAGCAGCUUUCAUAUUAAUUUACUUAACUUAUUGUAAACGAGAUUAGGUGUAAAAUUCAGUAUACUAAAAGUACUACUAUAUAUUUUACUUGAAUUUUAUUUAUUUUACUUAUAUCACAUUAGGAUUUUGAACUUUUAAGUUCCUUGAUUCACAUAUUAAAGAUGGAAUCAUUUUAAGAUAUAUUUUAUUUCAAUAUAGUCUAUCAUGAUUUGUAUUGAGACCCUGAUACAUUCACUAAUAUUUAUGUAGUAAAGUUUUGCCUAGGAAAUAUUGUUAAUUUGAUUUUUUUCUUGCUCUUUAUUUGGAUGCCCUGAUUGCAAUAGAAAUAGAUGGAAACAUAAAGCCAUGCUUUCCUGGGAUUUACUUCCAAGAUAUUUUACUCUCAAGAAGAAAUUGAUUUAUUUUUAAACUCUUUAUUAAUUAAUGAAGAAAAGACCUAUUUUUACCUUACUAAAAGGACAGGUUUUGUUUGUCAUUUAAUCAAGUCCAUUGCCUGACACAAUUUUAAAUAGAACUCCAGUUAUGUUUAGUUUUGAUGAUUUACAAACUAUGAUAGAAACCAUCAAAGGAAUUUCUUUUAAAUACAAGGUUAAAGAAAUAAGGAUGUUACAUGUAACCAUUUUAUUCUCUGCUUCAUAGAAAUUAUGUAUGUAGUAUGAAGAGCUUAAUACUGAAAUGUUUGCCUCUACCAGCACUGAAGUUAAAUACAGAGAGAAUUGAUUUUUUUCUUUAUGCUCUACAGAAGUGUCACAUUUCUCAAGUUAACAAAAGCACUGAAGAAAAGUGCUUUGUGGUCAAAGAAUUAUUACCUAGCAAAUUGAGUAAUAGUUCAUAUUGAGGAUGUGGUCUUAAUAUGAACUAUUAACAUUGUUCAGCCUAGAAAUGUUCUGGAAACAUACUGUUAAACAUUUGUCAUAUAUUGCCUUUUCCAUUUCCUAAAUUUGGACCCUGCCAGUUUUACAACUUCAUUAUAAAUUGUUCCGAUGUUCUUUUUCCUAGGAAAUGAGAGCAGGCUCAAAAGUCAUGGUGGCGUUCUGUUAAGAGGCAUUUCUGAUGAACAUUGAAUGUGGAGGUUCUCUAAAUUUGUAGAGCCAGGAACUUUGAAAGUUUCACUGUAGUUUGACUAUUGGUGAUGUUUUCCAAAAUGUAUCUUUUGUUAAGAGAAUUAAAUUUACGCUUGAAUCAUUAUAUUCCUGUAACUAGUUUGGCAUAUCAAUUGUUUAUAUGAACUCCAUAUUCAUUCACCAUUACCUAAUUUCCUGGAAAAUAUCCAGAGUCAUCUUGCAGGUUAAAUUAAAAAAAAAAAAAAAUGUUUCAUUGCCCAGAGCAACUAUUAGGAUGAAGUUUUAUGAUCAAGGCCUAUCUUAUGUGGAAGAAGCUAUCACCUGUGCGUUUGACACUAGCUUUUAAUACAAUAAUUCCUUUCAUGGUUAGCGAACACAUGAGUGAGGCUCUAGCAUGGUUAAACCUGUUUUUAGAAUAUGCAGUUUUAGAAAAUCUAAAUGUAUUUCAUUGUGUCUUCCCAGUUAUGUCUGAAUUUUUCACUUUGCUUAGAAACCUUUGAAAAAAGUAAGCAUAAAUUGAACAAUAAUGCCAGAAUAUCCACCGACACUGCUUGUUUUGAAUGGAGAGCCAAAUUAAACUUUGGCCUUGUAAUAUAUUCACUUACAAAUUAUUCAUGCAGUCAUUUUUAUAACACUGAGUAUUGAUGGCUAUUCUUAAGGUGAACAUUCAUUUAGCGAUAAAUGAAAAAUGAAGUACCUGUGAAGAAUAAAACACUUUACUAUAAUGUUUACUAAAACAUUUUCAUGUUUUAAGAUAUUAUCAUGGGGGCAGUAUUAAUUCUUGGAUUCUUUCAAGUCUCUCUGAGCAUGACUGUAUUUUAAAAUACUUAAAAAUGCUUAAUAUAAAUAGUGUGGAUGUUCUCAAUGGUGGUCCACUAACUUGGCUUUAAAUGUUGGCAAUAUUUACAAGUGCAAAUAAAAUUAAUAAAAACAUAUGCUUUUCUAUAUGAAUUCAUUGUAUAUACCAUCAAAACAACAACUUUGUUUUCAAAGGCAGUGGUAUUUUGAGCAGUUUUAUUAAAACAUGUAGGUCAGAAAUAAAGGUGUACAAAUAUUAUUACUUCUAAAAAUGAGAAUAAAAAGGUGAAAGUGCAGUUUGACUCUUUUUAUGAGAAAUCAAGUGAAGCUGAUUUACAAAAGGAACACAUUCUAAUUCCUGUUUUUCUCUAAAGAAAUUUUGCCAUCUUGAGAAAUAUAUAUAUACCACGUGUGUAUUAAAACUGUAUUAAAAUUGUAAUACUCAAUAUAUACUGAUAAC